CGCCAGGCAGCCACCCCCACCGCCUCCGCCCCUAGAAAGUCGGGCCGCCGCCGCGGAAAGCAGCCUCCGGGGAGGAGGAGGAAGAGGGGCCGGUAGCGGGAGGGGAGACGAGACAGGAGGAGGAAGAGGAGCACGGAGACGGCCCCCGCGCGAUUGAUGGGCGGCCCCUCCGCCCUGGACCAGCCCGCCUGUCUCGCCCCUCGGCCCCAUCAGCCCGCGCAGGUUGGGGAUUAAGAAUCAUGUUGCAUGAAGCAAGGGACAGGCAGAAGUUCAUGAGUAAUGUUCAAUAUCUGCGGGACAUGCAGCAUAAGGUGGACUCUGAGUAUCAGGCUUGUCUGAGACGACAGGAAUACGGAAGAGACCCAAAUGAGAAGAAACGAGAUCAAUUUUGGGGGCCAGAGACAAAUUUGGAGAGAUCCCGGUUUUCAAGUGGGUCAUCUUCCAAACAGAGUUCUGGUGAGGAGGAUCCUCAAGCCGAACCAAGACCGUCCACUAAGAGUUCUGCGGUUAAGUGUGAUUCCAAACUUCCAGCAAUUGACCAAACAUCAGUCAAACAGAAGCAUAAAAGUACCAUGACUCCAAGGAAAGUGGAGAAGGCAGGCCCCAGCAAACCCUCUUCAGGUGACAGCAGCGAGCACCCCCUGUUCUGUGUUGAAUAUUCCCCUUACUGUUCCGUCUUUGCUUUCUCCCCCGUCCAGCAGCCCAAUUCCAAUUACUGCUGCCUCCUCCUGCCACUCAUGCCACCUGCCUCCCCGGCGGCCCAGGCCCCCUCCCCCCACCUCCCCCCGGGGCCCGUGCCCUCCUUCAUGAGCCCGCCGUCCCCGUCCCCGGGGCCCGUGCCCGAGUCCCCGGCCGCCCUGUGCUACUUCCCCGUCUCCUGCCCCACCCCGGCGGAGACCCCUGUGCUGUGCCUGCCGGGCCCCCGGAGGCCCAGUAAAAUUUACCUGGUGUGGUAAGUCGCCCUUGGCCAGGCACGCAGCACAGCGCCGUCGGGGAGAGAGGGACGCGAGGCUUCCAGAAGGCAGGUGGACGGAACGGGGGGGGGGUGGCAGCCGGAGGACGAGGCCACCAACAACUCCGGGGCGGUGAGGUGUGCAGGGGAGCAGGAAGACGAGACAGCCGCUGCCCCUCCUCCCCACCUCCUCGUACGGCCGAGGAGUGAGCAACCAAUAAAAUCCCGUCAUCUCGCGA